CUCUUCUUCUUCCCUAUAAAAUUAACCCCAUGAAACUAAUUGUUAUUCUUAUUUUUUUAUUAAUAAUUUUUAAUAUUGUCUUUGAUACUUCUUCUAAAUUAACAUCUGAAGUUGAUAAUAGCCGUCAUCUUAAGAAAAUAUGUGAAGUAGAAAAGGAAGAGGACGACUCAGUUAUUCAAGAGAAAAUUGAUUACUGUAACGAUGCAGUCUACAUAGCGGUUGGAUCUGCAGAGACUAGCUGCAAACGCCUUUCGAGAGCAGCAAUGCAUCUCAACUGCAAUUCAACAAUUUUCGAUUUAUUUCUUAAUAUAUCCACAAUUGAGGAGUCUUGUAUAAAAGCUUUGGAAUAUUCCAUUGAUGAUGUACCGUGUCGAUUAAAUACUACAGACAGUCAUUGUUGUCAAGAAAUAACGACAAGUGUUGUCAAAUCAGUGGAACCUUUUUGUCAUAAUUUGGCAGUCUCUGCCUUUAACUUUGCAAAAUCUUUAUGUAAAAUACCAAAGAAUAUCGCUAUUGCAAGUACCAAGGAAGGAUGCGCCUCGGCACUUGCUAAGAUAGCCAGUCACACACAAAAAAGUUGCUAUAAAUCGCUUGGUAUUCCGUUUUCAGGUGAUUAUUUUUAAUUUUUUACAUGUAGGGUUGCCGUUUUGAAUUCGUGCCGACGUUCGGCGCAUUUUUUCUGAGCAGAAAUUUGCCGUCUCGAAUCAUUAUUUCGUGUUUCGAGUCGAUUCGAGAGACACCCUAAACACAAGGGAACCUCUAUAUAACGAACCCUCUCCCACGUCAUUUCCAUUUCGCGGUCACUCAAUUCAGUCCCGAGAGGUGCUU